UUCCUGUUCAAAUUAGAUAAGAAUGACAAAUGAGCCUGUAGGUUCACUGAAGCACUGCUGGACAGACAAAGCGCUACGAGACAGAAGAGUCACCAGGACUUCAGACAUGGACAAGAGUUUAUUUCUAGCACUGCUGAUCUCAGGUCUCUGUAGUGCAGCCUCAGCUCUCUCUCAGCAAUAUUACUUUGUGAAUGAGAGUAAGACUUGGUUGGAGGCUCAGAGCUACUGCAGAGAGAAGUACACUGACCUGGCUACUGUAGACAACAUGGAGGAGAUGAAGCAGCUGAUGGCAGCAGUAGAUCCUAAAUUUGUAGGAUCUUUGUGGAUUGGACUGAACAAGGCCCCCCGAGACGCUGGGGCUGGUCUUCAGGAGAGAUCCCACAAUACAUGAAUUGGAGAAGUCUGGAACCAGAUGGUGGAGACAGAGAUGGACUUUGUGCAGCAAAAUAUAAUCUUAGUGGAUGGAUUGAUGCUAAUUGCACAAAUCUUUGGGAAUUUGCUUGCUACAGCGAACCGACUAAACAAUUUAUCCGUGUUAGCAAACGAGCCAGUUGGAGAGAUGCUCAGGAUUAUUGCCGAAAGAACUACACUGACCUGGCCACCAUUCACAAUGAGGAGGAACAUCAGCACAUUUCAGAUCUUCUGGGCAGUGUAGGAUACGCAUGGAUAGGCCUUUUCUUCGACAACUGGAAAUGGUCUGACCGUCGAAGCACCUCAUUCCGCUACUGGAAGGAAGGACAACCCUGGAGCCCCACAGGCAACGCAAGCUGCGUCUCAAUGGUGACUGCUUGGAAUGGACAAUGGGAUGACGCACUGUGUGACGUAAAGACACGUUUCAUGUGUUACAAAGCACCGAGACAACGCAUAGUGAAACUGACAAUAACCUCGAAUGGAAUAAAGGAUCUGAAUGACCCUGCUGUGAAGACAGCCAUACUGAGUCAGAUUGAGAAAAAAUUGAGAACACAAGAAGCGGGUAAUGACGGCAUCCUGAGCUGGCGAGAGAAAAAUGAAAAGGUUUUCCAUUUGUACAAGAAGAGGAUGAUGGAGAACGACAAGUGUGUUUAAUGUACUCAUAUGUGUACAAGACGCAGGCAAUCCCAGUUUCCAGCUACCAAGCUUAAGAUACAAAUGAAAGCUCAGUCCAUCAUCAGAAGUCACCCCUUGUGAUGCUGAUAAAUACAUCAAUAGUAUACUUGAAAUGUAUACAGCGCACUAGGGGUGUUUUCAAAUUACAGUUUUUCCAAACCGCUUGCUCUGCGAGUUUGGUAUGUUUGGUCAAGUGUGCAAGCUGUUUUCAACCCUGGGAGUAGUCCAGAGGACCAAUCUCUGGUCCUCCUGAAAUGGGUGGUCUGGUUUGCUUCCAGCUAACUCUGGUGUGGUCCGCUAUGCGUGUGGAAGCUAUCCGCUUCUGGUGGCAUGUGUGGGGCUGUGUGAUUGGUUAAUUCAGAUGCUUCACAUCACUUCACUUUCUACGUUUUGUGAAAAAAGAUUGCUGUGGACAGCAGAGGGGACAGAAUGCCAUAUGACAGUGCCAUGUUAUCACUAUUAUGCAUCAGUGUAUGCCUAGUAAACCUAAUAAAACACUUUCCUAGGACUGGAGCAAGGUUGCUCUAAUAAGCUUACCUCUGCAGAGUGUUAAAGAGACAAAUGUGUGGUCAUUUCUAACAUUGCUGAAAUAUCAAAAAUAAGGGAAAAAAAACAGAAUGUGCCAGGCGAAUACCGGAGUGCACAUAUGUAGAUACCUUAGUGGCUCACUGCAUUCACCGCCUCAGAACAUUGCAACUGGGAAAGCUAAACCAUGAAGGCUAGCUAGAGAGAGAGACGGAGAAAACCAUCUAAAAGUGUAAGGGGGAGUAGGGGAGACCAGAAAGUUACUUCAACAAGACACAAAGAAAUAAAGAAAUGAAAGUACACUAUUUGUUUAGAUAUCAGAGUGAGAAACCACAGGGCCAAAGUGCAGAAGGUGCAAGUUAGUCAGUUCAUUCUGUCUACUUCACACUACCAGGUGACAAAGCGACAGGCAUCCGGUCAUUUCGUAUGGGAGGAUGUGAUUUGUACUCAUGAUUUAGUGACAAGUGGCAGAGCGACUUGAAAUUCUCAGUUUUAUACAAUAAACUAUGAUGCAGUGAAGUGACAAACUAACUGACUUGCUGAAACAAAAUCCUCAGAACAGUGGUAGACAUGUGAGUCUGAGGUCCCCAGCCACUGCUCCUUGAACAUUUUGUUCCCACAAAACUUCAUUCCUAUUUCCAUAAAAUUAUUGUGCAAAAUAUUGAAAAAAAAACUUCUAGACCAAUCUAGACCAAUGGUUCCCGAACUGUGGCAUGUGUGGAAGAAAUUUUUUAAUUAAAAAAGAAAACAGUAAGAGUCACGA